AUUUUGGCUGGAAGAAUGUUCAUUCCAAAUGACACUCAGUUUCAUCCUUCUUCAUUCCUCCUAGUGGGAAUCCCAGGGCUGGAAAGUGCACAUAUCUGGAUUGGAAUUCCUUUUUUAUUUGUCUAUCUUGUUGCACUUUUGGGGAAUGCUGCCCUCCUCUUUGUGAUCCAGACUGACAAUAGUCUCCAUGAGCCCAUGUACUACUUCCUGGCCAUGUUGGAUUCCAUUGAUAUGGGCUUGUCUACAGCCACCAUCCCCCAAAUGCUUGGCAUCUUCUGGUUUAACCUCAGGGAUGUAUCUUUUGGAGGCUGCCUUUCCCAGAUGUUCUUCAUCCAUUUCUUCACUGCCAUGGAAAGCAUUGUGCUUGUGGCCAUGGCUUUUGACCGCUAUGUUGCCAUUUGCAACCCUCUCCGGUACACCAUGAUUCUCACCAGCAAAAUCAUCAGCAUCAUUGCAGGCAUUGCUAUCCUGCGGAGUCUGUACAUGGUGCUUCCUCUAGUGCUCCUCCUCCUGAGGCUGCCUUUCUGUGGGCACCGUAUCAUCCCUCAUACUUACUGUGAGCACAUGGGCAUUGCCCGUCUGGCCUGUGCCAGUAUCAAAGUGAAUAUUAUGUAUGGUCUUGGAAAUAUUUCUCUCUUAUUAUUGGAUGUGCUCCUUAUUGGUCUCUCGUAUGUUAGGAUCCUCUAUAUGGUUUUCCACCUGCCUUCCUGGGAAGCCCGACUGAAAGCUCUCAACACCUGUGGCUCUCACAUUGGUGUUAUCUUAGCCUUUUUCACGCCAGCAUUUUUCUCUUUUUUGACACAUCGUUUUGGCCACAAUGUUCCCCAAUAUAUACAUAUUAUCUUAGCAAAUUUAUAUGUGGUUGUACCUCCAGCCCUGAACCCUGUGAUCUAUGGGGUGAAGACUAAGCAGAUUCGAGAGCGAGUGCUCAAGAUUUUCUUCAAGAAAGAUAGUUAA